AUGAAUGAAUAUGGAGAUGACAAAACAUGGUGCUAUAUACAUCCAAAAGAGGUUGUUAUAGGGGUAUGUGCACUAUGUUUGAAGCAAAAGCUUUUAGUUUUAGCUUCAAAGCAAUCAAAGUUAAAAGGCAGUGACAGAGUUUACAGUGUCACAUACAGAAAGCCCUCUGUAACACUCUCAAACUUAUUUGCUCUGAGUAGUCUGCUCAAUAGGCUUGAUUUUGGACAGCAUAAAUCCCAGCCUUACUAUAGUUCCUCUACAAGUCAGGAAGAUUCCUUCAUAUCAAUGGAGUUCGAAAACAACGGUGUUGCUUCAUGGGAUAAGGAUCCAAUCUCCAAAAUAUCACUUGGUCAGCAAUGUGACAUGUCUUUGAAUUACAACUUGAGCAAGGUCAAGAAGAUCAAGAGUGUAGUCGAACACUCAAAACUGCAUCCGAUGCUGAGGUGGCAAAAGCGGAUUGGACAUCUAUUCCAGCUCAUCAGAUGGAAGAAGUCAAGUAAAGGCCAUGUGAGCAAAAAGUUAAAAGGAGCAAAGAUUAAACAAGGAUGGAUAAGAAGUCUGACAAAAAAGAGGACCAAAGAAUAA